GCCAAACGAUCGGAGCAGACUCCCAAGGAAGCAGAUCGGCGCUCCGUCCGCUCAUGGGGAAGGCCUACCACAAGAAGCUGGGCGUGAACAAGGCGGCCGCCGCCGGCGCCGGCGGCGGGAAGGGCAAGGCCGCCCGCGGCGGGAACGGUAAGCACUCGGGAGGAAGCACGGCGAGAGCGGGCGCGGGCGGUGCCGGCCCGACAGAAGGCGCCAAGGGAGCAGGUGGUGCGGCGGCAUUCUUUCCCAACGGCCAUAGCACCUUCCAGACGUGGCUGCCACCAAUGACAAUGAGUACUACGACCAGGAGGAGAACGACUGCGUCUGAGGAAGACUGCCCACCAUUCACUCCCGCCGGCCAUAGCACAUUCCAGACGGCUGUUCAAUCCACGAAUGAGUACUAUGAUGAGGAGGAGAACGACUGUUCGUCCCCAUUCGCUCCAGCAGACCAUAGCACCUUUGCGACGGCCGUGAAGACCAUGAAUGAGUACUACGACGAGGAGGAGAACCUCGGUUUGUUCAUGGACAACGAGGAAGAGGGCGUGCAGGAUGCUGAGCUUGUGUCUGAUGCAGACGGAGAGGGUGAUGACGUCAGUGGCGGGCGUGGUGAUAACGACAAUGCCGGGGCUGGGAGUGGUGAUGACCUCUUCGACGGUGAUGACUACUACCGCGACGACAUUGCCGGGGGUUUUGACGAUGGCUACGAUCCAGGUGAUGCUGGGGAUGGAGGUGAUGACUGGUGGUAGUGAUCGAGGACCGAGGAACUUGACUACUUGAGGCAUCUAUAAAUUAAGCCUUGGUGUCAAGAUGAAGUCUCUCUAUUGGGUUUGCUAGUUCUUAUGUUAUAAUCUUAGAUAGAUUCAGUUGUGAGCUUGCUUCUAGCUUAGCUUUUGCGUGUGUAUGGGUUCCCCACCAGCAGAUUUGGAGUCGUAUUACCACUCUUGUGUAUGAUAGCGCGCCUAGGUAAACCAGUCUUCCAUCUGGGGGAUCAUAACAAUAUCAUGAACCCUUGUGAUAGCAGUACCGCAAGAGCGUGUGGUACUCAUGGGAAGGGCAAGGGGAUCGUGGAAGCCAAAUAAAUUUUCUGUGCGGGGGAUCAAAGCAGCAUCCUGAGCCCUCGUGAUGGAAAUGCUGCUAAUGUAAAUUUUAAUCGUUGGUGUUCCUUCACUUCUCAUGCUAACCUUCUA